GCACCUCGCCGUGGUUGCUGAGAAGCUGCGGAUGCUCUGCAAUCUGCUAACCAACCGGGAGGUGUGCUUGAACUUGAGGAACAGCAGGACCAGACGGCGUCGGAUUUGGCCAUGGCCAACAUCCGUAAAGGAUUCUUCUAUAGAUGGAUAAGGCAUUGUUGGAGAGUGGAGAAGAAGUCAAAUGUUCCAUUGCUUAUUAGUGGAAUGCUAUAGCAGGUAAGGAAACAGGUGGAUGACAUGCCCACGCUUGAAAUGUGUGAAAGGGAGCCUUGCUAUGACUAUGUUGAAUGAUAAAAUAUUUGCAAUUGGUGAAGGAGUUGGAUCUGCAGUUUUUUCAGAAGAUGAGAUGUUUGAUCCAGCACUUGGGAGAUGGAUGAAUAGUCUGUCCACGCAGCAGAAUGUAUGAUGCCAAUCUCUCAGUCCCUAACACAUUUGUUGUUUGGUAUUUAGUAGAAUAUUCCAUUAUCUCUAAUGUGAUGUGAUUUUAGGGCUUUACUAUCUGUCUAUUCUGUGUGAUAUUUUAUAAGGUAUGACCCAAAGGAAGGUUUCUGGGCCCUGCUUCCAAGUAUGAACUGUUGCUGUACAUUAUUACUAUGCCAGUUCAUGUUUUGAUGCACAGCUAAAUCCCUAAAGAUAUAUUAAAACUGCUACCUCCGAUCCCCAUUUCACCCUUGACCAUGAUUCCAAAUGACAGUAGCUCUCCACUCCCCGCAUCAUCAAACCAGCAGGAAUCUGGUACUCGCUACAGGCUCCGAAAGUUGCAGAGUUUACCUCCUCCCGGCGUCUCCGAUUCAAGCACAAGUCAGCAACCAAAUCAAGAGCAAAAAAUACAGCUCCAACCAUUCCAACUAAAGGUAACGUUCCUGCUCAAUCGUAGGACAUUUGCCUCUACUUCAUUCUGUCCUUUGAUAUUUGAUUAGCUUUGAUGUUUCAACGCAAAUGCGAAGGGGAUACUUCUUUUAUUCUUACCUAAACAGUGUUUCAAAAACAUACCAACAUUAGCCAUAUUGAUGCAGCACCAGAAGACGAAAUUUGUUAGGUGACCAGAUCAGUUGAAGCUUCCCUUUCCAUCCAGCAGCAAUCUCACGGUUACACACUGAAUUAUUGUUAUUCUAAGCUCAAUAUACUGUUUUCUGUAAAUUUCAUGGGCAUAAUCAGAAUGCAUUUCAUCAGACAAUUUGAACUACUAGCCAAACCUGAAGCAAACAAACUAAUUCAUGUACUAAUCCGAGAACUACUUCAGUAUUAUGCCAUCUAAGUUACUUUAUAUUGCCACCUUUCUGAUAUGUAGUGCAAAUUUAAUUUAUAGGCACAGCUAUUUCCUUCGCCUUGCUAUUUUCAAAACAGCAAAGAGCCUAUGGAGCCAUACCAUGUAUUCAGGGCUUUUCUUAUAGCAACAAGCGCUUCAACGAUGUGGAGAAGGUUAUGUUUUAUCGUCAUGAAAAACAAAAAACUUUUUAUCACUCAAGGCACACUUAUAUAGACGAUUGUCUUCAUUGUCUGCUUACCUGAGUCAAAGGCAAACAUGAAAGUCACUUUCAUGAGAACUAUGAAGUUACAAUUUCUUCCUCCUUUCCUAUUGACGGUUGCACAAAUGAUUGAUAUUGAUAGUCUUGCAAUCAAGUACUUACUCAUUCGGGUGUGCCUAAUGAUCCAAAAUUUCCUCUCCCAACUCUGAGUUGCAAAAUCAUUCACAAGGAUGAGGAAAAUGGUUGUCCUUGAAGAUGUUGGGGAUGUUCGCCACCGGCCGUUUGCUGUUGGAUUCAGUUGUUCCUAUCAAUGUUAAUACUCUUUGAUGCAAAUUAUUUGUAUCGUGUUAUCUCCUGGAAGAUCACUACACCAGUGAGAAACUUGAUGUUAAUGUUUGCAUGUGCCGAACAAUUAAUGUUCUUAGGACUCCAGUAUUAUUUUAGCUUAAGGACAUCCUAUUUCACCGUGUUGUAAACUAUGCUAAGGAACUACCACUUAGCUAAAUAUUUGACGCUAAUGUCGCUCUUCUUUGCAACCGAAUUUCGUAAUUGUACUGCCGCUUGUUAACGUGAUGCAUUUGAUAUAAUAGUUUAAAAUUAAAUACAAAUUGUCUUACAAGGAAUGAUGCAAAGUUUACAGGUCCACGGAAUGAGGUCAGUUAUGAUCUUAUUAGGUUACACUACUAAAUUAGAAAUGUCUAAAACUUUAAGUCCGACCUUCCUUUUUUCAUUUGCUCAUCAGAUCUUAUAAAAUAUAUAUACUACUUUUAAUUUCUCCAUGUACUUUAAAACAUCUACUAUACCAUAUCAUGAUAAUUACCACUAAGAUGACAAAUGAAUUAUGCGCGCGCAACGCGCGCGCAAUCCACUAGUACCUUUUAUUGUAAAAACCUUGGAACAAAUGGUUUGAACUUUGGAUACAGCCUUUUGAGCAAGCAAAGAUGUAGGUAUAUAAAGACUUUUCUUGCUUGUAUUUUUUUACAAUUCCGUCCCACAGGAUUUUUUUAUGUUAAUUCUUCGUCUGGAUAGAUAAAUCUAUAGUUUAUAGUUUGAUUAGCAUCUCCAUCUUAAUCAUUAUUGUUGUCAAAACAUAGCUAAUUAAUGAUGUGGCUCCGGAAAGCUUAAUGUAUUUGAGAGGAAACAUGUCGUAUAUUUUUCGUCAAAAAAAUCAUAUCUUGUAUUGGAGAAAAAUCGAAGACGUGGAGUGGAACUUAAAAGGACUUGUUCGUCAGGUUUUUAAAUCUGAGAACCUUCUUUACCCUACUGGUUUAGGAACCGUGAAUGUUAUAAUAUUAUUCCCAAUGUGCUGACAAGUACACAAAAAUUCUUGCAGGUUGUAGCUAUGAUCCCCUGUCUCACGAUUGGCCCCAAGAUUAAAAUGGCCAAUAAGAUGAAGGCAAUGUGAAGAAAUUUGGAGGACAUCACAAGACAACACAAGGAUUUCAGUUUCACACCUGGCUGUACCACCAACGUUGAACAAGUUACUGAUAUGCGGGAGACAUCCUCGGCUGUUGAAGAAGCACUAAUAGUAGGGAGGACGGAAGAGAAACAGAAAAUAUAUAUUGGCUUCCUUGUCUAAGAACCUGGCACAUGAGAUCACCAUCCUUCCUAUAUAUGGGUUUGGAGGCAUCGGCAAGACAACCUUGGCAAAAUUAGUUUUCAGUGAUGCCCAGUUUAAUGAGUACUCUCGGGUAUGGGUAUAUGUGUCCCAGGUUUUUGACUUGAAAAAGAUUGGCAACUCUAUAAUUUCACAAGUAUCUAGUGGCAACAGUUACAUAGCUGAAAAGCAGAUGGUAAAUAAGCGUCUUCAAGAGCUACUAGCUGGUAAGAAGAUUCUGAUUGUUUUAGAUGACAUGUGGAGGGAUAACGAAAAUGAAUGUCAACUGGAAGAUUUGAGGGCUAUGCUAAGGGUUGGAGAAGGUAGCAAAGUGGUGGUCGUAGUAACCACACGUGACGAAGGUAUAGCAAAGGAACUUUGUACCAUUGAACCACACAAACUAGCUCCAUUGACAGAUGACAUGUGCUGGAGUAUAAUAAAGCAAAAGAGUGCCUUUGAAUCUAAAGAUGGCAAAGAGCAGUUAGAGCAUAUAGGAAGGGACAUUGCAAUGAAAUGUGCAGGUGUGGCUUUGGCGGCUCAAUCACUUGGAUACAUGUUGCGGUCCAUGACUUUUAAUGAAUGGAAGUUAGUGAGAGAGAGUGAUAUCUGGAAUGUUUCUGCUACAAGAGAUACAUGUUCUGCACAACAUACAGUUCUUGCAUCCUUGAGGUUAAGUUACAACAGUAUGCCACCAUACUUGAAGCUAUGCUUUGGCUACUGUGCAACCUUUCCAAAAGGUUACAACAUAGCUAAAGGUGGUCUAAUUCAGCAAUGGCUCUCUCUAGGUUUCAUCGAGCCACGAAGCUUAUUAUCCACUCGGCAACUUGGAGAAAAUUAUGUUCGGCAGCUUUUGGGGCUGUCCUUCCUCCAAAUUUCAAAGUCACCUUCAGUGAGUCGAUACUCCUUACAAUUGAGCACUAACAUUUUUAUUUUUGAACUAUUACGUGGAACUUACAUAAUGCAUUCUUUCAUCAAUAGCCGGUUGUUUCAUACCAACUGGCUGAAACUACAGGCCGACCCCACUACGUAUUCCUUUAUCAUCCACAUAUAACAAAUGCAUGCACGGAGAGAUGAAUAUAUAGAUAAGACACGGUUUAGCAAGCACAAAUAUAAUUCCUACAAGUCAUCUACUCUCUCUGUUUUAAGUCAUAGGUCGUUUUUGCAAAUCUAAAUACAUAGAUUUUGUUAUGCACCUAGAUAAACACUAUAUCUUAUAUAUAGAUGCUUGAAAAAAAUUAUGCAUCUAGAUUUGCUAAAACAAUUUGGAACGAAGAGAGUACUAGUAAUGGCAAUAAUCAAUCCACGUUAAGUUACACUAAGAUUCCAUGAUAAAAGUUAGGGAAGUUUCUAUUUAGAUAAAUUUGGUAUUAUGAGUGAAACAUUGUGACAUUUAUUUUUAUUUCUCGAACACGCAGGAGAGCUGUGCAUCAAUAUAUUAAGAAGAGAAGGGGAAAAGAUCCCCAAAAUGUUACAGAUAUAAGGGGCCUGCAACCCACCCUAAAACAAGAUAAGAGACUCCUACAAAAAAGACACUCAUGACCAGAAACACUAGACCAGAACCCCUAAGUAGUUGGAGCUGCUAGGGCGAUGAGGUGAGAAACUCCUCGAGCCCCUGCAAAAGACCAUUGCUGCAUUUCUUCCUUGAUAAUCCUGAUAACACUGGAUGAAUUAGGGGUGAUUCCAUCAAAGACCGAUUGCGAUGAUUCCAUAAGGAUCAGGAGCCAAGAAUGAUGAUGGAGUUCACCCCUUUUUGCACUUGACUUGAAACUCUGUUGCUUGUAGAUGUCCACCAAUCCUUGAAAAAACUUUCCCCAGCUUGUGGUGCAAGUGCCUGCAGGCCAAGGUCAUGUAGCACAACAAACCAAAUUUGUUGGCUGAAAACACAAGAGACCAGCAGGUGGUCAGUUGUUUCAUUUGUUUAAUCACAAAGUGGGCAAGCUGGGUGACGAAGUCCUUUCCUUCCAAGUCUGUCAGCUGUCCAAGCUGUCCAGCAUUUCUUAUGUGCCACUGUCCACAUGAAGAAUUUGCAUUUACCAGGGGCCAAGCUUAGCCGAAUUCUCUCCUAAGGACUAAAAUGGAUGGCCCUAGUGAAAAGUGUCUCAUAAGCUGACUUUAUAGAGAAGGAACCUGGGGUGGAGAAUUUCCAAAUGUGUGUGUCUUCUACUGCUGGCUGCAGCUCAAAGUUCUCAAGAAGAUCCCAGAGUUGUAGAUACUCAAAUAUGACAUCCACAGUGAGAGCAGCUUUCAGGUCUGAAAUCCACCUCCUAGUGUUAAGAGCAUCAGCAACUAUCCUUCCCCUUCCUCUGGCAGUUACAAUUCCAAACAAGCUUGGUAGAGUAUGUUCCAAACUCUGACCAUCCAUCCAUCUGUCAGUCCAAAGAGGGUGUUCUUUCCAUUCCCAACUACUGUAACCACUGCAGCAUCAAAGAAAGCCUUGACCUGAGGUAGAGCUUUGAUGGGGAGAAAGGCCCAAGCUUUUUCUGGUUCAGUCUUUUGUAACCAGAGCCAUCUGAUCCUCUGAGCCCAGCCUAAAAACUGAAAACGGGAGAUGCCCAAUCCCCCAGGAAGCAUGGUCUAGUGACCUUAAGCCAUGCAAUUAGACAGUGACCACCCCUCACAUCUUUUUUCUUCCUCUCCAAUGUGACAUAUUUAUAGUGAUUGUUUAAUUGUAAGCAUCCUAUUUCUUUUUGCAAAAAAAAUGUAUAUGCGACUACUAUCAUAGUUCAAUAGAGAAAAUCUGACA